AUGGUUGCUAAGAGAAUUGGCCUUGAUGUUUUCACUUACAAUGCUUUAAUUAGUGGUUUUUCUGCUGUUUCUAAAUUGAAUGAUGCAAUUGGUUUGUUCAAUAAAAUGACAGCGGAAAACAUCAACCCGGAUGUGUAUACCUUUAAUAUACUGGUUGAUGGUUUUUGUAAGGAUGGUAGGGUGAAAGAAGCUAAAAAUGUAUUAGCCAUGAUGAUCAAAGACGACAUAAAGCCUCGUGUUGUUACUUAUAGCUCUUUAAUGGAUGGAUAUUGUUUGAUUAACGAAGUGAACAAGGCCAAGGAAAUAUUCGAUAGUAUGGCCGCAAGGGGAGUCAUGGCUAAUGUUCAGAGCUAUACUACCAUGAUUAAUGGAUUUUGCAAGAUUAAAAUGGUGGAUGAAGCCAUAAAUCUCUUUGAAGAAAUGCGUUGUAGAAAAAUUAUUCGUAAUGUGUUAAUUUACAGUUUCCUUAUUGAUGGUUUGUGUAAAUCGGGGAGAAUCUCUUAUGCUCUGAAGCUAGUCGAUGAGAUGCAUGAUAGAGGUCAACCACCUAAUAUAGUUAUUUACAGUUCUAUAUUGGAUGCUUUAUGCAAAAACCAUCGUGUUGACCAGGCAAUUGCAUUAUCAGUGGACUGUGCCAAAGUGGAAGGCUAG